AUGGAUAAUUCUGAGGCUCCUCCACCUUCCGCCAUGCGAGAUCGAAGAUCCGACGCUCUGGGCAGCCUUCGAGUCCUUCCAGACGAAAUAAUCUCUGCUAUUCUGGAAAACCUCACUACCAGAGACGUUGCUCGUCUCGCUUGUGUCAGCAGUGUGAUGUACAUAUUCUGUAAUGAAGAACCACUAUGGAUGGAUCUGUGCCUAAGAAUCUGCAGAGGUCCGCUACAAUACAAAGGUUCCUGGAAGAAGACCACUUUGCAUUUAGAGAAUGUACCAGAUAAAUAUAUAGAAAACAGUGGCAGGCCAAUGUCUUUUGACGGGUUCAACUCAUUGUUUUUGUAUAGAAGAUUAUACAGAUGCUAUACAACAUUGGAUGGGUUUAAUUUUGAUGGGGGAAAUGUGGAAAGAAAGAUGGACAUUUCACUGGGAGAGUUUCGUCAUCAGUAUGACGGGAAGAAACCGGUUUUGCUGUUAGGAUUAACUGAUAGUUGGCCAGCAAGGAGUUCAUGGACAAUUGAUCAGUUAACGGCGAAAUAUGGGGAUAAAUCUUUUAGGAUAUCCCAGAGGAGCACUCGCAAAAUCUCAAUGGAAUUCAAGGAUUAUGUGUCUUACAUGAAUCUUCAACACGAUGAGGAUCCCUUGUAUAUUUUUGAUGAUAAGUUUGGUGAAACAGUCCCCAGCUUGUUGAAGGAUUACAGUGUGCCUCAGCUUUUCAACGAAGACUAUUUUGAAGUCUUAGAUCGAGAGCAGAGACCUCCAUUUAGAUGGUUUAUUGUAGGCCCAGAGAGGUCCGGUGCGUCUUGGCAUAUUGACCCCGCACUUACAAGUGCCUGGAAUACUCUUCUAUGUGGCCAGAAGAGGUGGGCUUUGUAUCCUCCUGGAAGGGUCCCUCUAGGUGUCACAGUUCAUGUAAAUGAAGAGGAUGGUGAUGUUAAUAUCGACACGCCAUCAUCACUGCAGUGGUGGCUGGAUUUCUAUCCACUUCUUGCCGAUGAAGACAAACCGAUUGAGUGCACCCAGUUACCAGGGGAGACAAUCUUCGUUCCAAGUGGAUGGUGGCAUUGUGUUCUAAAUCUUGAAACAACAAUUGCUGUCACUCAAAAUUUUGUGAAUUCUGUAAACUUUGAGUAUGUAUGCCUUGACCUGACGCCUGGUUAUCACCACAAAGGAGUAUGCCGUGCUGGAUUCCUGGCAAUUGAUAAAACCAGUCUUGAUGGAGCCCAAACAAGUUGUGUCAGUGAUGAAGCUGAACAAAGUUACCCAGAUCUGACUAGAAAAGAAAAGAGGCUCAAGAUUAAAGAACACAAAGAAGAGUCAGAGUGUGAUAAAACUACAAAUGGGGACUCUGGAAGUCAUGAUCUUUGGAGACAAGAAUUCUCAUAUGAUAUAGAAUUCUUGGUCAGUUUUUUGGAUAAAGAUAGAGACCACUACAAUUCUCCAUGGAGCCUUGGCAAUUGCAUUGGACAACGAGAAAUGCGUGAAUGGUUAUAUAAACUUUGGAUUGGAAAACCAGGGGCAAGGGACCUCAUAUGGAAGGGGGCAUGUCUUGCGCUGAAUGCAGAGAAAUGGUUCCAUUGCCUUGUAGCAGUUUGCAAUUUCCUGAACUUGACUUCUCCAACAGCUGAUGAGAGACUUCCUGUGGGAACUGGAAGUAAUCCAGUAUAUCUCCUCCCUGACUGUGUAGUUAAAAUAUUUGUCGAAGGAGGACUGGAAACUUCAAUGUAUGGGUUGGGAACUGAGCUUCAGUUUUACAGUUUGCUGCAUAAAGUAAGCUCACCUCUUGAGCGUUUUGUACCUGAAGUUUUGGCGAGUGGAAUUGUUUAUUUUGAGAAGGGAAGUCAUAAAAUUUUGCCCUGGAAUGGUAAAGGAGUUCCAAAGAUUGACAACAUGUCCACACUGAUGUCAGCUGUGCGUGAAGAAGAUGAGUUCCCUUUUGGUGUGUGGAGUAAGAAUAUGUUUGAAUUGAGUAGGGCCAAUAAGCUAAGCAAUGAAUCAGCGAAUGCAAUAACUGGAUCCACAAAGAUAUGGCCCUUCAUAGUAACUAAGAGAUGCAAAGGGAAGAUAUUUGCUGAACUAAGAGACACAUUGUCUUGGGAAGAGGCUCUAAACCUUGCAUCCUUCUUGGGAGAGCAGCUACAGAACCUUCACCUCCUUCCUUGCCCUCCUAUUAACAAAUGUACUUUGCCAGAAACUCAUCACUCGACAGAAGGGGCCUUAGCAAAUUGGGACGGGGUUGAUACUUCUGUAAAGCUAGAUUAUUCUGCAGAGACAGAGAUCUUAACAAAGACACUAUCUGUGAAGAAGAAGAAUGUCAAAGCUAGCUUAACAACUUGGGGAGAUCCAAUUCCUAGUUCACUGAUAGAAAAAGUAGAUGACUAUUUGCCACAAGAUUUUUCCAAUUUUUUCCUCACAUGCCAGGAUGAAACUGGAUGGGAUGGAGUUUGUAAACCUUUCUCCUGGAUACAUGCAGACAUUAUGGAUGACAAUGUUCAUAUGGAAUCAACUACAGCUGGCCUCGAUGGAAAUUCUGCAGAUAGUUCACAAGAAAACUCCAGCUCUGUGAACGGCUGUAAGGAUGGAGGAUUUCGGACCUGCUGGCAUCCUGGCCACAUUCUGGAUUUUAGUAAUCUUAAAUGUGGCGAGCGCAUCUUGGAUAUCAUACCAAUCUACUUGGAUAUCUUUAGAGGUGAUUCAAGUCUCCUUAAGGUACUAUUGGAUCACUACAAGCUACCUUUGCAGAUGAAACGGAGCAGUGUAACUAUCGAGGAGAAGUUUGGACGACUUUCUUACCGUGCUAUGUGUUACUGUAUAUUGAACGAAGAAAAUAUACUGGGGGCAAUUUUCAGCAUGUGGAAGGAACUCAGAGCAGCAAAAUCCUGGGAAGAAGUUGAGUUGGCAGUCUGGGGAGUGCUGAAUGACAACGAGGCUGUUUCGUAA